UUGAUGUCUUCAACACAACCAGAACACAACAGAAAAAAUAAUUUGUUGUCCGUUCAGCCAAGGAGUUGCCUUAAUUUCACAAGUUUAGCUUAAUUAUAUUGGUUUAUAUUUACUUGCUAAGUUCUUGAGUUUUUCGUGUAUCACAGGAAACAUAAAUUCUAAAAGAUGGAAGCACUCAAAGCUGAAAUUGCUAGGAAAAGGAAAGCACUAGAAGAUAGCAAAGUUAUGGCUCCGGGGCAAAAAUUCUUCAAACGCAAUGAUUUGCUGGCCAAACAGGAGGACGAAUACUUGAAAAAGCACUUGUCACAGUAUCAGCCAGAGAAAGCCUCCAAAAGUAGCCAGAGCAAAGAAAGUCAAGGAGAUGAAGAAUGCGGACGGACACUUCCAAGAAAAGAGGUAAUAAGGAAGCUGCGAGACAGAGGAGAGCCCAUAUUUUUAUUUGGAGAGACGGAAUUGGAGGCUUUCAAGCGACUCAGAAAAUUGGAAAUUCUUGAGCCAGAGAUCAAUAAAGGAAUGAGAAACGACUUUCAAGCAGCCUUGGAAGAAGUUGACGAAGAGUCAGUUGAAGAAAUUUUGCGAAAUAAGAAGAAGAAUGGUGACAAAGAUGGUGACGAGGGACCAUCGAAUGAAGGAGACGGAAGCAACACACCCCGAAGUGACGAUGAAAGCGAGGAAGAUUCUUGGGAGAAGAUUAAAGAGGUUGCGGCCGAACAGCUUGAUAAGGGCAGCAGACACACGGACAUGGCAAUUAUCAUGAGGCUGCUGAAAUUUUUGCUGAAGAUGUGGGAGGAUGAGCUGAAGGGCCGAAGGCAAGCCGAGAAGUCGACCACGAAGGGAAAAAAUGCAUCAGCCAUGUUCAAGCAAACUAAACUCUACCUGAGGCCCUUGUUUUCUAAAUUGAAGAAGGGAAAACUGCCAGAUGACAUCUCAGACAGUCUCACAGAAAUUGUGAAGUUCUUGCUAGACAGGAAUUAUUUGAAGGCAAAUGAUUGCUACCUUAUGAUGGCUAUUGGAAAUGCACCUUGGCCGAUUGGCGUUACUAUGGUUGGUAUCCACGCAAGAACAGGUCGCGAGAAGAUUUCUUCGAAGAACGUUGCCCACGUAAUGAACGAUGAAACACAAAGAAAGUACAUUCAAGGGCUUAAAAGACUAAUGACCAAAUGCCAGCAGUACUUUACCACUGAUCCAUCCCGGUGUGUCGAAUACACUAAGUUGACAUAAAUUGAAAUGAAGGAAUCUCCUACAUUUCUAUGUCAGUUCUCUGAUAUAAUUGUAAAAUUGGUGAAAAAUUGCAACACAAAAGUUACUGAAAAUGCGGAUAAAUUAAGGCCACUAAUUUUAUUGUUAAAAUUUUGUAUAUAUGAAUGUAAAAAGAUUUCAACUUUAAUGUCAUAAAUAAAUUGCUAAGGUGUA